CAGGCCCCGCCCACGCCGCCGUCCGCGCGCUCCCGGAGCUGCCCGGUACCUGCUCGGGCGCCGGCGGUCAGCUGCCCGGUUGCCCUCGGGCGCCUUGGGAGCGCCCCUCCUUUGAGGUGCCAUUGGCCGGGCCGCUGCGGAGCCGGGUCGAACGCGGGAUCCGCCGCGAGCCCGGGACGAGCGCCGCGAGAGUCAGCGCGAGACCAGCGCGGCCGGGGACGCGGAGCGACGCGUUCCGCCGUCGACCUCCGGUCUGGUGGCCAGGCCUGAGCAAUCGGAGGCCGAGCGCCGAGUGGGACGGAACGGGGACCUGAGGGCAUCCGCGGCGCACCCGCCGUUGCCUGCCCGUCCUCCUCCCCUGCCUUCCGCGGAACCCGACGAGUCUCCAAGUCUUCGUCUGAAGUGUGUCCUCGCCCAGCCGUGCGUGCUCUCCCGGCGUCUCCAAGCCCACCUCCCGGGGGUAUCCAAGUCCUCCUCCCGGGGCUCUCCAAGCCCUUUCCCCGCCCGGGGUCUCCAAGCCCUCCUCCCAGGGACUUCGCACCCUCUUCUGUGGGGUUUCCAUGCCCCUGUCCCCCGGCCCAUGCCACACUGGAGGGCACUGGGUCCAGUUGGUGCUCAGUACACAUGUAUCCGUUAGGCCCUGCUGCUUUGUUUACGACAUUCAAUUUCCCUAGAGAACCUUACGUCCAGUGGGCAAGAAGUAAGAUCUUAACCAGCCCUGUGGAGAUACCUGAUUCUGAAAGAGUGGAAUUAGCAGUGAGGUUCAUUCAUGAGGAUUAAGUCUGAAGAAGAUUUUGCAGCAACUUACAUUGGUAAACAACUCUGAAUGUGUCUGAUGCAGGAAGAAGUGUCCAGACAAGAGGUUUUUUGUCACAUGAUUUCACAAAAAAUAGUACGAUGUCGGGUUGCUCACCAUUUAAGAUGCGACUAGUUCAUCUGGACCUGAAAGGAGCCCCACCGAGGGUCUGCUACCUCUCGGAGAUUUUCCCCCUGUUCCGUGCCCUGGGUGCCAACGGCCUCCUCAUCGAGUAUGAAGACAUGUUUCCCUACGAGGGCCACCUGAGGCUGCUGAGGGCCAAGCACGCAUACAGCCCCUCCGAAAUCAAAGAGAUCCUGCAUCAGGCCACACUGAAUGAGCUGGAGGUCAUUCCCUUGGUGCAGACAUUUGGGCACAUGGAGUUUGUGCUGAAGCACGAGGCUCUCGCUCACCUCCGGGAAGUGGCCCUUUUCCCCAACACCCUGAAUCCCCACAAGGCGGAGUCCCUGGCACUGGUUGGAGCCAUGAUUGACCAGGUGAUGGCGCUGCACCCGGGCGCCCGGUGGCUCCACAUCGGCUGUGACGAGGUCUACUACCUCGGAGAGGGUGAGGACUCAAGACAGUGGCUGCAGCAGGAGCCCAACACCAGAGCAGAGCUGUGUCUGUCCUACAUGGAGGCGGUGGCCAGCCAUGUGCAGGCUCAGCACCCCACCACGACGCCCCUGGUGUGGGACGACAUGCUGCGGGACAUCCCCGAGGACCAGCUCUCAGCAUCGAGGGUGCCGCAGCUGGUGGAGCCUGUGCUCUGGGACUACGGGGCCGACCUGGACGUCCACAGCAAGGCGCUCCUCAUGGAGAAGUACCGGAAGAGCGGCUUCUCCUGGCUCUGGGCCGCCAGUGCCUUCAAGGGAGCCACGGGGGCAAGCCAGGCCCUGACCCCCAUCGAGCACCACCUCAGAAACCACAUGCAGUGGCUGCAGGUGGCGGGCAGUGUGCCAGCGGACACGCUGCAGGGCAUCGUCCUGACUGGCUGGCAGAGGUAUGACCACUUCUCUGUGCUGUGCGAGCUGCUGCCCGUGGGAAUCCCGUCCCUGGCUGUCUGUCUGCAGGUGCUUCUACAUGGAGGCUUUGCCGAAAACGUUAAAGCAAGAGUGGAGAACUUUCUUGGGACUUCAAGCUUGGAAGCAACGGAUUUUAGGAGUGAGAGGGCCGGCUCCUUCCCUGGCAGCGACAUCUUGAACCUCGUCACACAAGUCAGCCUCCAUCUGUGCAGCUCCGUGGAUGCGCUGCUGGAGAGGGACAGGUAUGUGACCGGCUGGUUCAGCCCCUACCAUCGCAGGCGGAAGUUCAUCCACCCCGUCAUGAUCCAGCACAUCCAGCCCCAGGCGCACAGGUUCAUGCACCAAGAAAAACCCUUCCAGCCAGUUGUGAAGUGCCUUCUAGUUUCAGAGGUCAAACUGUGACAGUCAUUCACUUAUUCCCAACAACCCUAUGAGGCUGGUGCUAACGGCCCUGUUCUAUGGAUGAGUAAACUGAGGUACGGGAUGUACUGACCCGUGGGGUUCUGGAGGCCAUGAGGUAUGCCCCAGGGCCCUCGCCAGGCAGGCUCACUGCCUCCUGGUCCUCAGUCUCCUGGCCAGGUGGAGCGUUCUCGUGGGGGAGCUGGAGGCUGCCCUGCAGCGUGUCUUCUACCCAGACGCAGUGGAGGAGUGGCUGGAGGAGAACGUGCGCCCCAGCCUGCGGCG